GUAGAGUAAAAGCUACAAUGGACUACGAUGGUCACGAUUGUAGAUUCCUUACAUUCAAGUCUGGAGACUCAAUACUUGUUUAUUUUAAGUUGGUUGGGAAAAGAGGUGAUUUAUGGGCUGGAAGUAUAGGAAAACAGUUUGGGUAUUUUCCAAAAGAUGCAGUUCAAAUUGAAGAUGUAAUAGUAUCAACUGAAAUAGAACUGCCAACCAAGGAAAGUGACUUCCUUUGCCUUGAUGGUGAUUAUUACGUUGGAAGUGAAGAAAGUGGUUCAGUCAAUGGUGAAUAUGGAGAAAAUUCAAAUUCAGAAGAAAUAAAAUCCAUAUUAGGACAUCAAUCUGAGUCCAACAUAAACAGCCAGGAUUACAAAGAUGCUUUCAGUUCAGGAGAUGCUUUGGAAACUGGUGUUACAAAUAACAAGCAAAUUUCAGAUAUUUUUGGUGAGAAUGGUCAAACAAACAAAGAUAUCCAGGAGCAGGUGAGGACCAAAGGUAUUACUUCAGAAGUCAUGGAGACACCCACAUUGGAAAUGCCUCUGUCAAACCUUUCGGAAAAAAUACCAGAUUUGGAGAAAGCAGCUGUCAAAACUGCCAUGGAAACGAAAUUAGGAAAUCAUUUACAGAAAAAGUCACAAGAUAUUAAGACUGAUGAAAGAGCUUAUGACAAGACAGAAGAGAAAAUGACAUCUUCAUCUUUGAAUAAAGAUUUUGAGGUUAAAAAAUCGUCACUAAUCAUCAAUUCAAAAGUCAAAGUUGCAAUUGAAAAUAAUAAUGAAUAUCAGCCGAGUGUCCAGAAAAUAGAUGUCUACAAAGUAGCCAAUAGCUUUUACCUUGAUUUCCAAGCUAUCCAGAUAUUAACUAACCAGUUCAUCAAAAAUGCUUUUGAUGAAACAAAAAUUGCUGCAUUAGUAGCAAUAGCUCGAGAUGAAGAUCUUUUGUUUCAAUUUGAUUAG